AUGAGAAUUGUUUCAGUUUUCAGAUUUCUAAGCAUUGCAACCAUUACUACCAUUAGCUUAUGCAAUGGAAAUUUGGGUGUGCCUUGUAAACAAAAUGAGAGACAAGCACUUCUAAUAAUGUUCAAGCAAGAUCUUAAGGAUCCUUCAAAUAGGCUUUUAUCUUGGGUUGGUGAGGGAGAUUGUUGCAAUUGGACUGGAGUUGUCUGCGACAAUUUAACCGGUCAUGUCCGUGAACUGCACCUUGGAAAUUAUUAUUCAGAUGAGUAUCUGAAUUACAGUUUGUAUCAAGAAAGCUCUUUGGGUGGCAAGGUAAAUAAUUCUCUACUAAAUUUAAAGCAUCUGAGCUACAUGGAUCUAAGCAACAAUGAUUUUGGAGGAAUACAGAUUCCUAGCUUCUUAGGUUCUCUUAGAAGUUUAAGAUAUCUUAUCCUCUCAGACUCAAAGUUCGCUGGAAUAAUUCCGCAUCAAUUGGGAAAUCUCUCGAGUCUACACUCUCUAGGACUCUGGAGUAAAAGCUACUACUGGAUGAAGGUUGAAAGUCUCCAAUGGCUUUCUGGUCUUUCGAGCUUGCAGAACCUGGACAUGAGUCGUGUAGAUCUUAGCAAAGCAUCUGAUUGGUUUCAGGUGACAAACACACUCCCCUCUAUGUUGGUAGAGUUGCAUCUGUCCGGUUGUGAACUCAAUCAAAUACCAGUUGGUGUUGCAAACAUGAUAAGGAUUCAAGUUCUUAAUCUCAGGUGGAACAUCAUCUGGGGUACCAUACCUCAAUGGUUGUGCACUUGUAGCAAUCUUGAGUCGCUAUCCCUUUAUUUGAGUCUCUUGCGAGGUGAAAUUUCAAGUUCCAUUGGAAACUUGACAGCCAUUGUCAAUAUUGACUUGUCUGCUAAUCAACUUAAAGGGAAAAUCCCAUACUCAUUGGGAAAUCUUUGUAAGUUGACGGUUCUUGGUCUGUCAAGGAACUAUUUCAAUGGAAGCGUAUUAGAAAUAUUGGGAAGCUUGUCAAGGUGUAGUUCAGGUCAAAUGGAGUCACUGAAGCUGUCAACAAAUGAUUUUUCAGCUGGGAAAUUUCAGACAUUUACGCCUCCUUGCUCUUUUGAGUAA